AGACGUGGAGUAUUAUUUUACACAUCAAUAAUAAGAGGAUGAAGUAGAGCAAGUUAAAAAAUAAUUCAAAAAAAUUAAAAAGUAAAAGCAAUCGUAAAGAAGCAAUUUACUCAAGAAACCAUCUACAAUCGUCGCCGGAAGAGAUGUCGGCCAAUCUCCCAAUUCUUCCCGACGCAAUCUCAAUUCCCGCCAGAAAUGGCACCAGUGAGAACCUCUUCGCCGCCGUAGACAUCGGUACCAACUCCUUCAAGCUCCUCGUAGUUCGCGCCGACCCUUCCACCGGCCGUUUCCUCACCGUCGAUCGGUUCAAGGAAAGAGUCCUCCUCGGCCUUGAUACUAACACCACCACUACCUCCGCCAUUAUCUCCAACGCCUCUCUGCUACGCGCCACCACAGCACUUCGAAAGUUUCAGAAGCUUCUCCAGUCCCAUCGCGUUCCUUCCUCCCAUUCUCGCAUCGUAGCUACUUCUGCUGUUCGAGAAGCUUCCAAUCGAUCACAAUUCCUUCAAACGAUUGAUGAAACCCUAGGUCUGAAAGUUGAUGUACUCUCCGGUCUCGAAGAGGCCCGCCUUAUAUACAAAGGUAUACUUCAGUUCCAUCCUGUUCAUGACCGUACAGUUCUCACAAUUGACAUAGGAGGUGGCUCUACAGAGUUUGUAAUUGGCAAAGAGGGGCAGAUUUUGUUCUCUAUUUCACUAGCAUUGGGACAUGUCACUUUAACUCAAAAAUUUCCCGAAGUUACAGAAAUGCGGGAACAUAUUAAGGUUAUAAUCCGUGCCUCGGGCUUAAAUGAGAAGGUUAAGCAUUAUAAUAUUGAUAAAGUGAUUGGUUCAUCAGGGACAAUUAAGAAUAUUGAAAAGGCGAUUUUCCGUGGCUAUGUAAGCAAUAUGGAGGGAAAUGUGGGCAUAUCUAAGGGAAGUAGGAGGGAUUGGAGUUUUACAAUGGACGAAUUGAAGGGCUUAGUGGAGCGGUUGAGUGAGGAAGAGAGAAGAAUUGGAGGGAAGGUUCGAACGCAGGGCUUCUUCAAGAAGAGGUCAGCAUUUAUUGUGGCAGGGGCAGUUUUAUUGGAGGAAAUAUUUGAGGACCUUAAGAUUGAAGAGAUGGAGGUUUCUGGGUAUGCAUUAGGUGAGGGUGUGAUUGCAGAGAAGUUAGGGGAGGUUUUUGAUAAUUAUGAUCCAAGGGCAAAUGCGAGGUGGAGGUCUGUAACGAGGCUCGCCACAAGGUUUAACAACAAGCAACACAUGAAAUCUGCUGCAUUAUGCUUUAGUGUUGCCAAGGAGAUGUUUGAUGGUUUGAGAAAAGGAUAUGAAUCAGGCAAUGGUUCUGAUGGAUUCUUUGUAUCCUUGGAGGAUAAAGAUCUCGAGUAUCUUGAGGCAGCUUGUUUGCUUCAAAAAAUCGGUCUUUAUGCUGGUAAAAAGGGCUAUCAUAAGCAAUCUUACCAUAUAAUAGCGGUGAUCAUCUGCAUGGUUAUAAUGCCGAAGAGGUUAAGGUAUGGUGUCUCCUUUAUUUCUCAGAACAACAUUCAGAAUGUGAAAACUGAUGACAUCUUCGUCAGCUUCCAGUUAAUAGCUCUACUUGUGAGACACCAUAGAAAGAAACUUCCCGACUAUGAUCAUAUGGUGCCUGAGGAAUUAACAAAAGAGAUGACAGGGAAAUUCAGAAUUCUUUGUGCAAUUCUACGUGUAUCUGCUGCAGUGGAGAAACUUCAGCUGUUCAGCAUCCACAAUGUGGAUUUCUCACAUACCUGUGAAGGAUAUAAAUUGGGGUGGAUCUAGGGUUUAGUUUCCCCAUAAAAUGAAACUGGGAAAUUGUUCCUUGCUCCGCUUGUCGGACCUUUUCCUGUAAUGCCUCAGCAGUCAUUUAUCAGUAAAGGCUUCGAAUCAUUUCUAACAGUGAACACUUGAUAUUUGUGGCAAUGCAACUAUGUUGACCGAAAGAUCCCACCCAGAUUGGUACACCAUCUCCCUGAGAUCGAUUUGGAUUCUAGCAAGAACGGAAUUGGUUGUUCACCUCAUGCUCAUCCUUACACAUCUUAAAUUCAUCUAGUACCUGGCUUUGUGUUCCAGCUCCAUUUAUCUUCCACAGAUGCCUCCUAUCAUGGAACACGCCUUCCAGACCACUUUUGGUAGAUUAAGCAAUCUAAUCAAAAUAUGUUCUUGCUUCAGUUCUUCUUGAUGGAAAGCAAUGUGGAUUGUGGGGACCAACAUUCAAGGGUCAUUUUGCAUUAUUCCCAUAUCUGCUCACCCAUCUGGACCUUCUAGCCACUUCCCUUUGUAGGAAUGUGAACAAGAAAUACAUUUUCAUACAAUGGCAGCUACCUCUUUUGUCUGUUUUAUUACAUCAGAGUUCCAAGCACGCUGUCAUUGCCAUAUUAACAUCUCAACAUUUCAAAACAGAUGUCUAAAUAUCUGAUGAGAAAUUCCUUUUUGAGUUUUAUCUAUUUUUCAAUUUCACACACAUGACACAACUAAGCUCCUCGGAUAUCUGUUGGAUCCCAGCUUGACCUUCACCCCUGUUUUUGGCCAUCUCCUUAUUUCCGGAGUUGGAGGUAAGAGGCGGCUCUUGUCCCUCCACAAAACUUUUCUCUUGAAACUUCUGAGUUUUUCCCGUGAGAUCAGAUCAUUGAACGAUCUGGGCUUAUAAUUCCACUUCUUUUCAUAACUUGUACAAUCUCAGUUUGCAUAUCCUCCAUAUCCGUUAAUGUUCUGACGACAAUGCACUCUUUUCAAUUAAUUAGUUCUUCCUUCUUCUACAAGGUUCUUCAAAAUUUAAUGGAAAAAAUUUGACAAAUCUACAAGAGCCUAUGGGCAUCAUUGCUAAUAUCUCAUAAAAUUUCCCCUCUCCACCCUUUCAUACCAACAGACUUUUUCUGAACAGGACAGGCCCUUCUCUCUAUUCUUCAAUCAGAAUGCCAUUUUCAUGCAAUCAUCUUUCACAUUGCCAAACACUAAGCUUAAGUUACUGGAUGUUGGAACUUUCUGCACAUGAAAUGAAUCACAGGGGACCAGAAUAGUAGAGAUGAUGCCCAUCUGAGCUCUUCAUUGUGAUGGUGAUCUUUAAUGACGAUUGAUAAAUUCUCGUCGGUUACAACACUUUUUAGCCUCCUCUUACCAGCUUAGGCUUGGACAUUCAAUUUAGAUGAUUUUGUAAGAAUUAACUUGCCUGAUUAGCUGUAGCCUCUAUGUUUUCAUGUAAAUCAAUUUGAGCUGGGACUAAUCUUAGAUAAUCAGAUUGUUUAUAGAAGUAAAUCCAUGCUGUUCAUCCUGCCAUUCUCUUGGGAUGAAACAUGCAUCAAUCUUGUAGCUCAUCCUCUCUCUUUUCCUUUUUUUUUUAAUUUCUUUUUGUACUUGUAGCUCAUUAGCUAACGGAUAUAUAAGUACUUUUUUUUACUUUCAAGUUUAAAUAUUUCCAUUGUCAUGGCACUU